AUUACACAUUUCAAUUCAACGCUGCCAUUUUCGUUUUGUGGCACGGUUAAAGCGGCAGUCUUAAUGUGAAUUUGCCUUAAUAUCUGGCAUUUAUUUAUUUACAAAGUGUGGAAAAUAUAUUAUAGUGCAUUUGUUUAUUCGAAAAACAUCAAGAAGUGGCGAUCUUAGUGUUUAUUACGCCGGAUAAUUGUUGACUUCUUUGGGUGGAGAGGGUGAGUAGUGAUGUACACGAGGUAGCGGCGCCGCUGCGCAGCCAUGCCGCUGCCGAAACGCUGCGUCGAGCCCGUGCACGUGUCACGCGGCACCGUGCCCGAGCGGCUCCAGGUCCCGUCGGAACUCGAGGCUGUCACCAAUGGCACGCUCGCUAACACUGUCAGGCAAUUGUCUUCGCUGUCCAAACAUGCGGAGGACAUGUUUGGAGAGCUGACGCGGGAGGCGACGAACCUGGCCGAACGGACGAACGUGUUGCAGGCCAGGAUAGACCGGCUCGCUAUCAAGGUCACGCAACUCGAUUCUGGAGUCGAGGAAGUAUCACUACAAGACAUACAAAUGCGCAAGGCGUUCCGUUCAGCGCGGUCGUUCCAGCAACAGUUGUUCUCGCGCAACUCGAUGCCAUCGGCCAUGUUGUCGACGUACGCGCGAUGCGACCGACCGCCGCCGCUCGAGAUGCUCAACGAAUUCAGAGACGACGGUAGAGACGCGAGGAAAUUCUACACAGAUCCCGACUACUUCUUCGAAUUAUGGAGACGAGAGAUGCUGCAAGAUACUGAACGGAUUCAGCAUGAUCGGGGGAAGAAGGUCCGGCAGCCCCGCAGCGGAGGCAACGCGGAAGGCAGGGGCGCGCGGCGCGUCCGGCCCCCGCACUCGACGCGCGACCGACUCAAGGAGGCCGCCGUCACCCGCGGCGAGCAUAUCAUGGCGCCCAGCCAGCUGCGACACUACAACAUCGAGCCACACUACAAACCUGAUCCUGUCUACCAGACGACGAAUAUAUCGGAUGGUGGGUACAGAGCGUCUCAGAACCGGCCGCCGUCGGUACAGCCAGCGCGGCCCAACUCCAUCGAGAUUGAGAACACGCAGAACAGACAGCCAAGGAUAACUGGAAACGGACAUGUUGUAGUGGCAGAGGAGAGUCCGUACGGGUCAGUGGGCGGGGAGCCCAUCUACGGCGGCAGUGGCGCCGGCACGCCGCGCCGCCUGCGGCCCAGCGUGCCGCCGCCCGCGCCGCCCGCGCCCGCCGCGCCCCCGCACGCGCCCCCGCACGCCGUGCACGCCGCUUCGCCCCCACCUGUACACACUCCCACAAGGUCCGCGCUGCCCCCGCCGCCCCCGCCCCCCGAGGGCACGGUGUCCCCGCCCAUGAUGAACGGCGCGUCCCCGCCGCACCGCACCGCGCUCGAUGCACAUCUCGACCACAUGCACGCCGUUAUAGGUAUGAUGUCGUCAGAGGAAGCAGACGGUGGACUAAGCGCACUCGGUGCCCUGGGCCCCGGCGGACACAUUGCGCCCCCCGCGCCGCCCGUGGCACCCGCGCCCCCGGCCGCACCCCCGUCCCCGCCGCCGCCGCCCCCCGCCGAGGACCGGCCGCGCCCCCCCUCGCCCGGUGCCUUGCUGCGUGGAGCCUCCGCCCUCAAACCACCGCGCCCCACACCCGACCCACAACCCGAUCCCAGAUCCGACUUGUUGAAGGCCAUUCGCGAUGGUAUAAAACUUCGCAAAGUGGAGAAACGCUGCGACGAGAACACAGGUCGGUACGAUACGUUGCGGGGCGCGCCCGUGUUCCUGGACGUGGCCAGCAUACUGGCGCGCCGCGUCGCCGUGGAGCUCAGCGACACCAGCUCGGGCGCGGACUCCGACUCCGACGACUCCGACCAGUGGACCGAGUCACGCGCGUGACGUCGCGCCUCGCCCCGGCCCGACCCCGGCCCGGCGCGGCGGCCGGCCGAGCCCGCGCCCCCCGCCGCGCCGGCGCCGGGCGCGGGCGAGCCCGUGGCCAUCACGCUGAAGGCGGAGCCCCCGGCGGCCGCCGCGCCCGCCGCCCCGCCGGCGCGGCCCAUAGACGCGUGCUA